AUGCAGAGCCAAAUCUGCCAUACCCUAACCAUACCAAGCCUUCCUGGAGCAGAUCGCAUCGCAAUCAAUACCGGUGCAACGGUAAUAGCCAACGGCGAAGCAAUCAACUGCCUCAGACAGGCAGGCGUUCCCGAAGACCAGCUGCUUCCCGUCUCCGGUGGUGAGCGGAUUCCGCUUUUCACGCGUCAAGUCCGAAACGAAGCCAAGGCAAACGCAGCUCUAAGGGCACCGGGUGUUCCUGGGGCCCCUACCUUUCCUAUUCAUUCCCUCGCUGCGCUGUCCGUCGAAGUCUGGCCUUCGCUACACUGUCUGAUGCCGCAGGAUCACCCAGAGGUUAUUGAUACGGGAACCGUCUACACCGGUGCAGCAACCCCCUUUACCUGCACUUUGGAUAUCACACUCGGUAUGAAGCAUGGGCUUUUACGGCUAGAUGAGCUUGUUCCAGUCGAAAAGCAAUCUGAAGGCCAACGCUCCUUUAUCGAGUACGUCAAAGAUCGCAAACGCAAUGUAUUCUCGCAUUGUGAUGGAGGACAGUUAAUGUUCAACUUUCUCAUUGGUGACAAGGCAUUGCUUUGGAGUGCGCAUCUUGGAGGUUAUGAGAGUAUCCUGAAAGACCUGAAGCCCAAGCCAGAAGUGGCCAUUCUAGGCAUUGCCGGUCGAGCAAAUCUGAAUGGGAAACCAUUUGAUGGGUCCGCGGCCGAGUUCGCAGUGAAGGAGAUACAGUGGCUUGAGAGCCCGUCUCAAGUGAUAUGGUGCCUACAUGAUGAAAGGUAA